AAUCAACAUUUCGAGUCCUGUAGCAAUAACAAAAGCACUUUCAUCUAGUCAACCCCAAAAAAAUCUCAAGAACAAAAAGAUGCCAUCUCUGACUCCUGCGAUGGGAGAAACGCUAAGGCGCGGAAGCGCCACGCCUGCGCGAACAAAUACCAAAGACCAAGAUGCUCAUCCUCAAGAUGAAUCGAAAGACACUGAAGGAGCGGUUCCAGGUGUCACGGAAGAUGCUGGAGUCAGUGGUGCUGCUGGAGGAGAAGAAGGUCAAGAUGGUGCCGCAGCUCCUGGUGCGGUAGUACCUACAUCUGCGAAUAAGACUCAUAGUACAAGUAUGAAAAAGAUCACAACACCACAUCGAGAAGCACUCAAAGCUGCUCAGGCCAAGAGAAGAAAGGAGGAGGAGGAAAACCCUGAAAUGGCAGCUGAACGAAAAAGACUAGCGACAGCGAAGAGAAAAGCAAAACAGCUGGCAGAGGUUCCACCAGAGUUGUUUCGAGACGCGGAUACAUUGACGAAAUACGGGUGGACGUAUCGAACCUUUACCGAAAAUGUCAACUACUACGUUCACACGAAGAGCAAGAGACGAUACUCGAAUUAAGAACAUGAGAAGGACCUCGUGAAUAUUACUGAUUCGUUUAUUUCGAACAAGUCAAAGUACUUCUUUCAUCUACUUAAAUACAGAUGUUGAAAUCGAAUUGUUGGUGAAACUUCACGUUGCUUUGAGAAACAUGCAUCAGAGGACGUUCUUGAUUCCUUCUAACUCUACAUGGACGAGCUUCCUCCGAAAGUGAAGGCUUCCAUGCAGAAAGGAGAGGCGCAGCAGAACUAUACGAUGGAGAAGGUCGACGACGUUCCUAGAGAAGAGUGGUCUCAUGAGGAAGCCGGAGAGAAAUACCAGAAGUUCGAGAAACUGUUGAAAUUUUUGGGUGUCAAAGGUAGUGCUGCUACUUCAUCAUCGUCGAAUGAUGUUGGAGGUGCUGGCAUGCUUGGUGGAGGCUUGAAUGGAGGCGAGGAAGGUGCCGGAGCCGGAGCUGGGGAAGGAGGUACUUACUUCGCUGUUUUUAACGAUUCGACGUACUGGACUUGAAAUCAAAAUGUGAAAAAGGAAAACAGGAGUAAUGAUUUCUAUCACUGAUUCGCAUUUUCGUCUUUGUAUGGUCAUUCGAUGAAUUAUAUUCCAGUAUAUCAAAUCUGAUUUGUUUAACACAUUUCGUUCUCAAAUGUUGCUCAUCAGUGCCGCAGAUGGAUUUUUCUUCCCUGGGUGCUGGUAUGGACGUGAGUGCGGCUCUCGGAGCUGCAGGCGGGUUUGCUGUAGUCAAUACAGUGGCUCAGGAUCAUGCAGUCGACGUACCAUCCACGCAACAUCAAGGUGCAGAAGGGCUUGGUGGAGCAGAGGCAGGAGAGAGCGCAAAAGCGCCUGGCACACCUGGCGCUUGCCUCCCUUCCGCAUUUGCGGAUAUGGCAGCGGGUUCGGUGCAUAAAGUGCGGGGAGGAGGUAUUCGAUAUUGCUUUGUAUAUGGAUAUUCUACGAACCAACAUGGACUGUCGCCCGAUGAAGCCUGCGGUCCGUGCGUUGGAGCUAGUGGCCGGUGGCGGUGCUUCUGGCGCGGGGGACUCGACUGCAGGCGGAAAAGUUCGUAGGGAGCCCACCAGCGCCGGACCCUUCCGGGCUUCUGCUCGUACUCUGGUGGCAGCCCCUACGACCCUGCCGCCGCGGGGGCUGUGCUUGUUUUGAUUUCAAGGGCGGCGGCGAUGUAGCCCGGACCCCGUAAGCACCACGGGACGGCGGGGAGGCGGGGGCGGCGAGGGUCAGCAGCCUUGGCCAGGCUCUUGGGCUUGCUCUGUUUUUUUCACAGCGGAGGCGGCGGCCCGCUGAAGCCGUCCAUCAACAGCGAGCUGUCGCUGGAUGGGGAAACAGCUAGACCAGGGCAGGAAGCGCGUGAAACAUUCGAGCGACUUGCCUGAGACACUUCGGCCGGCGACUUCGUGCCGGACCGGAUUGCUUGCGGGCGCACUUGGCGGCCGGGGUGUUCUUGGGUGUCUCUCCCUUCAGGUGUUGCCGCGUGGGCUUAGUCUCUUCAAUCGCUGCACGCUGGCGAUGCUGCAGCUGUAGCAGGGGCCUAAGCGGUAGCGAAGACGUAUGGAAGCCGAGGACUUGGGUCGCAGAGCACAACAUGAGAACGGGACGACUUCGCACCAUCGGAGACCGCUGGGCGACGCGACGCGAGUGCUGCCACCAAAUGGGGCGAGUGCUGGGCUUUGCCUUGACGCAUCCUCGGAGGGGAAGGCCCGGGAUUUUGGAACAGUACGGCCCUGCGGCUGAUCUUUGCCCGCGAGAACGUCUCCAACUCUGACGCUUCGGGCUCCAUGGGCGUGAUCGAUAACGCUUUGAACUCUCUACAGAUAAGGCCCGCCUCGGUGAGGGUCUCACGCACAUACUAGCGAAGGCCUCUGAGCGCGCCUCUUCGAGCAGCGGCAGCAAGGGUACUAAGCGUAAGGCCAACAAGGACAAGAGAAAAGGGGGACAGCCUGGAGAAGGACUACCACAGCCAGGACCUAAGUAACGCGCUCGCCGUGGGUAGGACUGCUGAGAAGCAACAGCAACAGCAUCGCACGAACCAGCAAGAACCAGCACCGAACAACGAACACGAGCGCGAGGCAUUUGCCAUACUGCGCGGCAUUCAUUCGCCAAAUGUACAAGCACAAAACUGCGCCGCUUAGACUGGCUCAGCCGGUAGCAUGUAAGAGGCUGAAGAAGUGGCGCUGGGUGCAGGCGUUAGAACUCGGGGGGCAUCAAGGCGGUGACAGCGGUCGCCAUCACCUCAUCAGGAACCAACUGAGGAACAACCAACCUACCAAGACAGCGACCAGCGUCCUGGGUGGUAGCUUUGGCGAUUGUUUUGGGUGUGGCUACCAGCUACCUAGGGCUAGGCUAGGGAGGCUGGCGAGGGGUGCCCGUUCUGAGAACGUAAACCAAAGAACGCAGGCAACGCAAGCAAGCAAAUGGGCCGACGCCCAUGCGCUUCGUGAUUGCUUUGAAGAUUGCGGCUGGCUUCUCUCUUUGAUUGUAUGCGCCGCACGCGAUUGGGUGCCUGGAAUACCAUGAAUCCAAAGCGCACGGGCUACAUGAUGCGCGGAGAACGUGGCGAGGGCUGUCAGCCUUGGAGGUUACAGCCGCCAGCUGGCUAUUGUGUCGUCUAAGUAGACUGACCCGCUGCGGGAGUUGCUGGGGCUGGGCUGGUGCGUGCUGGUUUGUCGGGUUGGUUGUUUUCUUGGUCAAGAUUGCAGUCGGCGGGUGCGGUCUUUGACUGCUUUAUCAAGCCCCCGCAGCCUUACCACCACCUACAGCGAGCUUGUGGGCCUUCGCGUAUUCUGGUGCGUAGCCGCGCCUCGUUCACUCGCGGCGCAUGGAUUCACUCGUUCUGCGCUUGGUCUGUAGUCUCUCAGGGUUAGUGGGCUCUUGAAAAGCUAGUGCACAUGUAGAGGCCCUCUUGUUUUCGCCUCGCACAAUUCCCCUCGUCCUUCUAGUAAGUUUGUUGCUGUAUUACUUAGUGCACUACAGUUAGUAAGUUGUACUAGUAUUGUGUAAUACAUAGAAAGAAAACCUCCACUCAAAUUCGAAGCACAGAUAGCGACUGAACUCAUUUGCAGGUGCUCCCCCAGCAGCGAAGAAAGGCCCCAGAAAGCUGAAGAAACAGGUGACCUUCGGCAGCCCCGCAGACGAAGAUGAACCAAAGCAAGCAUUUUCCGAUGUGAAGAAGAGUAGUUCGAAGAAACGAAAAUCUUCAUCUUCGACUCCAGUUGUAGAUGUAGAAGUUGAAGAGAUCAACAAGGGCUCUAGUUGUAUGAUGGAGGUAGAGCAAGUAGACGCAGCUGGAGCAGGAGCUACAACCCUUCUAAGUCCAGGUGGAGAUGGAAGCGACUUCAUGAACACGAAGAAUCUUGCACAGAUUCCUGAAACGCAAGAAGAGCAGCAGGAUGCGGGUGAACAAGCAGCACAAGGAGCCGAACAAGCUGCUGUUGCUGCUACAACGUCUUCCGGCGCAGCUGUUCCCACUACUGUGACGAAGUCAAUGAAAAUGAAAGUAGCGUCCGGAUCUAAGCAAGUAAAAGGAACUGCAACUACAGGAGCUCCUGUUGGGGGCUUGAGUAGUUCAUCUUCUACACCCGCAGCAGUCGUAGGAGGUGCUGAAGCUGUAACAUCUCUGGAGGCUGGUCAGCAGAUAAUCAUCAAGGAUGAUGUUCAUGUUAAUGAAGAUGCUCUAGAGGACAGGAGUGCCGCGCCAAAGAACGGGAAGAAAGCACCUGCAGCACCACCAAAGGGUCCAAGAGGCAAAGGAAGCGGAGUGGGCGGGGUAUGAAUAUCUUCUACGUAAUAGUAUUCCCCUUUUGGACGAUUCUUGCUUUACUACAUCCUGAUCCUCUGUCUUCCAUACAUCCUCUUCCAUAUCCAUCUCCAGCAUGAUUCAUACUUCAGAAUAUUCAGCUGGUGCUGGAAAAACGUCCCCUCCACUCCACACCAGGGCGUCAUUAACAGUACACUGCAAGCAACGCAACAAGAACCAGGCGAGCACGUGGCGAAGCGUCGCAGAAGAAUCGCAGCAGGAACAAAGCGAGAGCUAAGUAAAGAGUACGACGCUGAUCAGCAAAAGUUGGAGGAGGAAGGUAUCUAGUUCUAGUUGUAUCUAAACUUGAAUUAUAUAUAGACUUAGAGUUUAGAAUUAUAUAUUGACUUGUUAGACUCUGCUCCUCAUCAACAAGCACCACAUUAUUCCUUCUUCGAAUUUCCGCUUCCUCUAAAGCCACUGCUGACCUUCGCACCACAUCACAGUUGACGCGACUACGGCCCACAACGAGAUCAUUCCUCCAUGGUGUACCUUGCCGCUUCUGUUGGCUGCAUCGUCGUCUUCUAGUUCAUCGUCCUCUAGUGCAAAUGCUGAGAAACCUGCGGUCGCUCUACUACGUCCUGUGGCAGACCAAAUGAGCCAGACGCCCAUUCUCUUUGGGUCUACCAGGGAAAGGUUUGAGCUGAAGCCAGAGCACCUACAGCGAUUUGCACUACCAAUAUUGCCGGAAGGCGUACAGUUCUUGUACAGCUCGCAAAGCAAGGAACUCAAGGUUAUGGCUUCUGAGAUGCUCCUAAGUGCGUGAAAAUGAUUGAAAAACAAGUAACAGAAAGUAGAUGGAUCACAUCUUUUAGUUUUAAGAAGUCGAACCAGAACCAUAGCCACAUCAUCUGCAUCAUUCUCAUUGCACUUGAUGAAUGUACUUAUACUUGUAAAUGAAACCUCAUCUAACACCCUCCUCUCCUUGAAGCCUGGACUGUUUAUCAAUGGGGAACCACUGGCGAUACUUGAGCUGACCACUCUUGCCGACGGCGAUGAAAUCUCGAUCCAUCAACCGCAUACGAUCAUCUUCAUCGUCGCUUACAAUCCUCAAGUGGGUGCUGUGACCGAGAAAAGACAAAAGGAAUUCAAGUACUUACAUUCAUAAGUACAUGAAACUUUGCUGUCUUCAUCUGAUUGCAAAUUCUUUGCUGGCUAGUUCUUCUGAGUUUUGUCUAGUUUCGUGCUGCAUUCUCAACUACAACUUCUGUCCCAUCUAUGUCAUUUUCAACACUUCCACAGGUCCUUAUUCCUCUCCCAUAUGUCGGAGAUUCAGCGUGCUCAUAUCAUGGACGUUGCGAAUGCUUUGCGGCUUAAAAAUGGCCUUCUCUGUGACGAAAUGGGUCUAAAAUUUUCGAGUUUCAGUCAGAUAGAAACUGGACGUGCUGUCUUUCAGCCGCUGAUCGCGAAGUUGUCAAAGAACGAUACCCAAGUGGUCUUCGAAGGCGAUCUACUCGAAUUGAAAGUGUAGGAAAAUAAGUACUAAUAUGAUGUCAUCAAGAACAAGAUAAAAGUGAUGUACUUUUGGGAAACAUCAACGCAAAUUGAGCUAGAAAAUUGUUUUUUUUUCAUCUUCCGCUAGAUCAAGUGGGGAAUACUGAAAAACAGACCGGAUAGGCGAAGGGAUUUUUAAUACAACAGAUUUAAUCAAGAAAAUUCAUUCCCAUUUUCUGAAGCGCGUAAAGAAACUAUGCCUGAAUUUCUUGCAACGCAUAAUAUAGUAGUCUUUCAUGUUUUUUUUUGCCACACGAUUGUCGAAAAAUCACUCGAAAGAAUCAAUGUGGUACAUUUGCAUGUAGAGGUGGGGUCCUCUACUCUCUAAGUAUCUUCAGAAAAUAUAUCAAGAAAUUUUGAUCUAAGUAUUUUCAGUAAGGUUGUGCUUUGCGUCAAGGUCAUGGAAAAAAUCAUUCCCGCCGACGCAGUUUGAAAAUGACAGAAACACGAACGGCUAUGAAAAAAUGUUUCUUUUACCUUUCUUGUAAUUGUGUGACAUUAUAUGAUCGAAUCCUUUUAUCAUGAUUCCAAACGAUGACAAUUUUCUUUAUCAGGAUGGCGAUCGACAAAGCGAAUGAACUGCUCUCAUAGAGUUCGAUUCUGGG